CGGACCGCUCUGACAGACAAUGGCGAAUAGUGAAAAGUGCAAAAAUAAGGAUGUGUGACAGUGAUGUCAAGGUGAAUUAUGUAUGUUUUAUUUGCAGAAAAAAUCUGUCGGAACUGAAAGGCAUCUGCAAAGUCCAACCAGCUUGUGCAUAGUCAAUAAGAAAGAGUGAAGUUCGGGACACAUAUGACUGUACCUAUCAAGCAGAUGCCAUGUAUAAAAGGAAAAAGUGAAAAACAUGAUUUGCUUAUUCAGGUUUUAACUCCACAUGUAAACAAGGUAAUUCUGUAUUAUUUCAUACAAGAAUUACUAAAAUGUGCACUAGCAACACGUAGAAAAGGACAUUUCAAGGGACUUUCAAAAUCGCUAGAUAUGCAUGAUACUGUGGGCAUUAUCAACACCGGUUAUCAACUUAUUUUGGAAAACACUUCCAAGUCCUUUAUAACGAUGCAAGUCUACCAUGUGAUAUUCCAGAAUCCCUAACCAACAUGUACAACAAUGUACUGAAAGAAUGUGAUGUUUGGGAUAUGACUAAUUUAAAACAAGGCUCUACAGAGUGGCAUAGUGCUCGACAGCUUUUAUUUAUGGAGGAACUGACUGGGAAAAUAAAGCCAAAAAUAUUUUUGGCCAAAAAGUUUCACCAACAAAUAUGUCAAACAUGGGCUAUAUUAUGAAGAAGAUAUCAGGACUGCAUAAUAUAUAGAAUUAAGUGUCAAAAAUGUUGUAGAAUGUGG